AAGGGACAUCAAAAGCACUAAAAUGACUUUCCGUAAUGAGUUUUAAGAUUUCAUUUUAUUCUCAUUAUUUUUAGAGUAAGCAGGUAGAGACUCUAUCAGGAACGCUUGGGAGCGACACGCCAGCACUCUCGCAAGAACAGGCAGGUCGGAGGCCGUUUCCAGAGGGGAUACUGACCUGGCUUCUAAAUGGCCUGAAAGUUAACUGAGGAAUAAAAGCAACAUGGUUAUUUUUAGAGCUCUACAGGCAUAAAAAUACAGCACUAAACUGUGACCCACAGCUCUGCACAGCGAAACAGCGCAUCAUGGGACCGCCCCACUGGAGCCGGGCGCGAGGGGCGCUUGCCCGGCCUCCCCAUCUCCCAGGGCUGGCUGCUGCAGGCGGCACCCACAGCUGCCACCUUCUCCACACAGGCUGAGCGACAUGUGAAACACAGGUCCUGACAUAAUUUGUGAAGAUUAGUUAUUUUUGUCAUUCUUCUGGCUGAUUUACAAGGUGAAUUAAUGAGCAUCUUCUCCACACCGAGACAUCACAGCCUUGUUCCUAACAUAGAAAGUUGUUUAUUUCAACGACAGUUCCGGUGAGUAAACCUGGCGGCUCAUUCCUUCCACCGGGGCAUGUCCAGGAGAGCGGGUGCUGAGCAAAACGGUCUCAUCGCCAAUUCAGGUAAACUCCAGCAACAUCACCACCUUGGAUCCAUCAACUUAAAAGCAAAUUUAUUAUAAAGAAAACAAAUAUUGACUCAUCCGGACCAUAACAUUUUAUGCAAAUAAACAAGUGAGAAUAUCUCCAUAGGCUAAAAAAUGCCACUUUUUGGCUGGAUGAAAUGGCCAAAAAAUGAUUCCUACAAACCAACACAUAAUCCUGGCUCAGAAGCAGUGACUAAAACUCUGCUCCGGGAAUUAAAAUGGCAUUUAAAAGAACGAGAGAGAUUAAUACAAGAGAUUGAAAAUGAACAAAAAGUGAAAAAAACUGGUGUGGAUUACAACUGGCUGAGAAACUACCAGAACCCCCACACAACCAUCCCCGCCACUGAGCAGAGGCAGCUCGAAGCUCUCUGUUCCCAAGUCCAACCCUGCCAAACCGGAACUAUUCUCAGCAGAUUUAGAGAAGUUUUGGCAGAAAAUGACGUACUGCCGUGGGAAAUAGUCUACAUCUUCAAGCAAGUUCUAAAAGACUUCCUGAGUGGUACAGACAAAGGAAGUCAGCGAGAGGGUCUAGAGAAUUCGCGGAAGACAAACACUUCUGUUCAUUCUGCUGACCCAGGUGAAUGCUCCAAGAGUUCAGGCAAAGAUGAAAUUCCCACUAUUUCAAGUUAUGUAGACAAAAACACAAACAGCAGGUUCCCAACAUUCUCAUACAGAAUAUGGAACCUGCCAUACUAUUAUCCAUCAAGCUAAAUCACUUACAACCAGAGGAGUUUUCAUAACCAUCUUAACAGCAGAACUCUCAAUAUUAAAAAUAAGAAGUAAUAUGACUUCAUAUUUCUGUUUUUUGCAAAAUCAGAAGAUAUAAUUCCUGUGGAUGUAUUAGAUGUUUUAAAGUGUUCCUUUUUUAACUAAUCUAAAAAUGCAAUGUUUUCACUGAACAGUAUACUUUUAACUAAAAUGUUUCCUAAAUAUUUUGAAAAAAAUGUUUGAAGUAUUUUCUUACACCUCAAACACAUCUCAGAAGAACUAAGGCAACUUUAUUUAGCAUGGAAGUUGGCAGACUCUGUGUGAAAUUUAGAUAUUAAC